GCGAUGACGCUCCAGUCUAAUGGUUUAUUUUAGCUCCGGAAUUUUUCCUGCUCCAUGUACAUUUUUACCCCCGAUUUAGAUUAUAACACACCUUGUGGUUGUUGUUUUUUUUUACCCUAGCUAGCUUUUUUAUAUCAGCUGGGCUCGGAUACUAAUCGCUUUUUCCCCCUCCUCCAUAUUUUCCGCUCAUGCCGCUUCCCCCGCUGUCUUUACUGCAUUUUAGAUGUAUUUUGUGUCCCUUGUUUCCUCCAGUAACCCAUGUCUGUGUGCAUCUCGCCUCCCUGCGCUCUCAAUAGAUGGUGCAACUCAAAAUGUCCAAAUCGCCCGUAGACCCACUGUCUGCUGUGGAAACAGGCUCUCAAUCGCACUAUUUUCAGCUGCCCAGGAAGUUGCCUAAACGCAAGAGCCGCUUCAAACGCUCAGAUGGAAGCACGUCUUCUGACACAACAUCCAGCUUCGUCAAACGGCAGGGGUCGGCUGAUUCGUACACCAGUAGACCGUCGGAUUCAGACCUGUCAGCAGAGGAGGACCGCGAGGCGUAUCGGCGUGAAGCCGAGCGCCAGGCACAACUGCAGCUCGACAGAGCUAAGUCCAAACCUGUAGCGUUUGCAGUAAAGACGAAUGUGAGUUACUGCGGAGCUCUGGAUGAGGACUGUCCUGUCCAAGGAGCUGCAGUCAAUUUUGAUGCCAAAGACUUCCUGCACAUCAAAGAAAAGUAUAAUAAUGACUGGUGGAUCGGCCGGCUAGUAAAAGAGGGAGCAGACAUCACCUUCAUUCCCAGCCCUCUACGACUGGAGGCGAUGAGACUCAAGCAGGAGCAGAAACAAAGGAAAACAGGGGGUAACUCCUCCAGUCUAGGGGACAUGGUGACUGGGAGUUGGAGGACCACACCGCCAUCUGCAGGUGAAUCCAAACAGAAGCAAAAACAGGAACACGUUCCACCCUACGACGUGGUGCCCUCUAUGAGGCCGGUGGUCCUCGUGGGACCAUCGCUGAAGGGCUAUGAGGUGACGGAUAUGAUGCAGAAAGCUCUUUUUGACUUCCUGAAACACAGAUUUGAAGGAAGAAUCUCAAUCACACGUGUAACUGCUGACCUCUCUUUAGCCAAGAGAUCUGUCCUCAACAAAAGACCCAUAAUGGAGAGAUCCAACACUCGCUCCAGCCUAGCGGAGGUUCAGAGUGAGAUCGAGAGGAUAUUUGAACUCGCCAAAACCCUGCAGCUGGUGAUUCUGGACGCGGACACCAUCAACCAUCCCGCACAGCUAGCCAAAACCUCCCUCGCACCCAUCAUAGUCUAUGUGAAAGUUUCCUCACCAAAGGUGCUCCAGAGACUGGUCAAAUCCAGGGGAAAGUCUCAGAGCAAGCACCUGAAUGUGCAGAUGAUGGCUGCAGACAAACUCUCUCAGUGCCCCCCGGAUAUGUUUGAUGUCAUUUUGGAUGAGAACCAGCUGGAAGAUGCAUGUGAGCAUUUGGCUGAAUACCUGGAGAUCUACUGGCGUGCCACUCACCUCCCAGGCAACACCCCUCUUAACCCCUUAUUGGAGCAGAGUCUAAUGACCCCGCCUUCUGCCAUCUCAAGUCUACAGAACAAGAACCAGCCACAGCCUUGUGAGGCCGUGGGCUUGGAGGGUGAGGAGGAGGAGGCGGGUGAGGAGGCCCACUCCCCCCUGGAGCAGGACAGCCUUAUGCCGUCUGACGAGGCCAGCGACUCCCUGUCUCGUGGCCGGAGGGGGAGCCCGUGCCACCGGGGGGGUGCGGAGGAUGAAGAGGAGGAGGAAGAAGAAGAAGAGGAGGAGGAAGAGGAGGAGGAUGAGUUUGCCUCCCCCUGCCAUGCUCGCACAUACAGGGACAUGUACCCCCCUCACCGUGGGCACACUGGCAGCGCCCACAGUGCCAAUGGGCACGAGUCACAGGACAGGCUGCUCCAACGUGAAGCUCAGCAAGGUCACAACCAGAGGAACAACCGCCAGCGCAGCCGCCCCUGGCCCCGAGACACCUACUGAGGAACGAGGCCCCCCCACCCCCGGCCUCCAGAUCAGCACAGAGAACCCCCCACCCCCCCGAGCCCUCCAACUGUCGUACGUUCCCAAACAAACAAUUUAGAGAUGAAAAAACUUGCACCCAAAUCAGCUCCAAAUCAGAAACAGAUGCCCCGUUAUUAAGUAGACAACUUUAGGUCUAUUUUUUUUUUAAGAAUUUAGAGUCACUCUCUUCCAGACUCCCACUUAUAAUUUAUCUUUAGGGGAUGCACUGACCUCUCCAGGGUUAUAUAAUUCAGAUUAAAGUCAACAGGGCUACUCACCUCUGCAAUGGAAAGGUUUCAGGCUACCAGCUGUAGGCAAACUCAAACUUUAGCUGCUUUGCCUAAGGUUUCUCUAUUGUAGGAUGUCUCAUAUACUGGCCUUAAAAUUCCUUAAAGACUUUUAACUAUCUUUACUAUUGCAUGUUUGAGUAUAAUUCUUUUAAAACUAUUUGCACAUUAACGUCAGAACAGGAACAGAAUGAUCUUUACGGAUAAACUAAUGUAGGAAUGUCUACUGUUGAAUCCAUUUAUGGGAAAUAGUAAUGCAUUUGAUCACAAUGUAUAUACUGAAUGGGCACCUGGUUUUGUUUCAUUGCUACUAUAUUUGUUUGAUUUUGUUAAUAUGGACUUGUUUGUUGUUUCAGAAAAAAUGUUGCCACCCAUGUGUUCACUCAUUAUACUCUGAAGACGGUGAAUGGACACUCACACACACACACACACACACACACACACACACACACAUCAGACUGAGAGUCUCUGAACGGUCACAGGCUGCAGUACAGCGUCAGCGUCCCCUACAGUGCAGUGUGUUCUGGGCAUCACUCGCCUUUGCUGUUGCACAAUCACUCUAAACACCUCGAAGAAAUAGAAAAAAAACAAUCUCAAAAUGGGCACAGAGAAUGUAAAACACAACGUAGAAAGGGGAAUGUUAUCUUUUAAAGGGUGAAUUAUUUGCCAAACUUUGCUUGUUUACAUUGAAUCCUUCACAUAUGAUUAAGCACAUAUGCUGCACAUGCUGCAGCUCCUCUUCAAAUCUUCAGAGAAUGUAAGCUUGCAUGCCUUUUUGCACCUCCAACACCACCCGGUGUCUCCAAACCCAACCGAUCGCCCUGUAAUUCGAUUGUAGCACGUUAUUGAUUGUAGCAUCCACAGUUUCUACACUUCUCUCACUCCCCUUGUGUGUCUUUUUGCCAAACAUUGCGUCACGUACUGCAGUUUGAUUCGAUUUCUAUCAAAGCAGAUCCUCAGGUGUAAGUCCUAUACACACUCAUCGCGCUCAACUCCACGUAACGAAUGUGUCGUGCUCCUGAAGGACUCGUAGCACCCGUGACACGAUGUCAUUCUGUUUCUGCACCCUCAUUUAGUCCACGAGCCGAUGAGGAGUUGGACGUGAUGCAGACGAGCAGCGACCCGCUUCGUGAAAUGGGGUCGAUACUGUUAACAGCCGGCUUUAGGAAUUACUGGUUUACUGCUUCCAUGUCUCACAGGUAUCUCUAGCUAGUGUUCUGUAUAUUUUGAAGACAACAACAAAAAAAAUUAGCAUGAUUGAAAAAAAAAAAAAAAAAAUCUAUGCAAGUGUUGCAUGAAAUCUGAUUGUUUCUUUUUACAAUUAAGUAUUUCAGUAAUGCAUUGAUUCUGAUUCUCCUCGUUGUCUUGUAGUGAUAGUCUUGUCUUUGGGGCUACUCACUCCUCACACACUAACAUCACUAUUACUGAAAAAAAAAAAAGAAGAAAAAAAAAUCAGAAUGCAUCACUUUAUUUAUCCACAAACAUUAAUAUUGGGGAAUUUUUUUUUCUAUCCACAAUAUUGGGUGGACACUGGUUGACGCACUUUUAAAAGUCACUCGCUUAAAAAUUGUCCCGGUCCAAGAUCAGGCCUACAAUUUUAUUUUUUUUAUUUGUGAUAAAAAUGAAUGAGUGAAUUAUUAAAGCCCUGCAUGUUUUAGUUCACCAAUUAGCUAUUUUCAUUAUAUUUUGGCAGAGUAUGUUUUUCAAAGCGGACCAAUUUAGCAACUGAUGAAGCAGUUGAGGUUUUUCAAUUUAUGAAGCACAAUUUUUACAAUUUACUUUCCUGUCUUAUUCUGUAUGCAAUACUAAGCCUAAACAUUGAAAAACUUUAAACGCCUUAGACCAUCUGGACUUCCUCUUUUUGUGUGAGUAGAAAAAAAAAUUGCACUACUUUUCUUUGGGAUGGUUGCUUUGUAAUGCAAUAACUGCACUAAAUAUAACCGUGUAUCCACCAGACUACCACAGCGUGCUAGCGUGAUCCAACACGCCUCUUCCCUCUAUUUAUCAAAAGAGACAGCAAAUGUGUAAAAAGUGAGACAUUUCCUGCCUGAUGCUGUAUAGAAUGCUUUCUAUUUGAAAAUAUUCACAAUGCUAAGUAAAAUAUGACUUCAAAUAAACAUGACAUUUUAUGUA